AUGAAUCACCCUAAUAAUCAUGCAAAUGAUAUUGCUAAUCCGGAUGAUAAUGCUAAUCUGGAUGAGAUUGUUGAAAAUGAUCAUACUCCGUUGUGGAAGUAUGUCAAAACUUACAAAGGAUCAUACUCUAGGGUCAGGUUUCAUUUGUUAAAAAUGGCUGGAAAUGGGGUCGCACCUUGCAGUAAGGUUACUGAUGAAAAUCUUGCAGAAAUGAAAAAGUUAAUUCGGGAGUGUGAAUAUAAGCUGAAGAGUUCUGCUCCUAAGAAUGUUUCUUUGCCCAACACUGGUUCUUUUUGUUAUGAUCAACUUGAAGUGAAUCUUGAUCCAAAGAAGAGAAAAGGAACAAGUAGGCCUCUUAGUAAAGCUUUUAACAAGGAAGCUCGAGAUCAAUGUGAUGCUGAAGUCGCAAGGAUGUUUUAUACAGGUGGCUUAUCAUUUAACCUUGCAAGAAAUCCGCAUUAUCGAAACUCAUAUGUUCGAGCUUCUACACUUCCAGGGUAUGUUCCACCAGGUUACAAUGCACUAAGAACUACUUUUCUGCAACAAGAGAAGAGUCACAUUAAGCAAUGCCUCCAGCCAAUCAAGCGCACAUGGAGCACUAAAGGUGUAAGUUUGUGCAGUGAUGGGUGGACAGAUGCACAAAGGAGACCACUUAUUAAUAUUAUGGCAACUUGUGAAAGUGGGCCUAUGUUCUUGAGGGCAAUUAAUUGUGAAGGUGAAUAUAAAGACAAGUAUUGUAUUGCCAACUUCCUUACAGAAGCUAUUAAAGAAAUUGGUCAUGAAAAUGUUGUUCAAGUGAUCACUAACAAUGCUCCUGUCUGUAGAGUUGCUGAGUUACUUAUUGAGGCCCACUAUCCCCAUAUCUUUUGGACACCCUGUGUUGUUCACACUCUUAAUCUUGCUUUGAAGAGUAUAUGCUCUCCGAAACAAACAGAUGUUUCGUAUGAUGACUGCAAUUGGAUUUUCAACUAUUGCAAGUGA